GAAAGCUUGUCUCUCUCUCCUGCUCCAGUAACUGGAGGCACAGGUUCCUUCUUCUUUGGCCUCAGUUCCAUUCUCAGAAAGAUACGGGCUGCGUUCCAUUGCUACAACCAUGGCACCCAAAAAGAACAAGACGACCAAGAAGAGUAAAGGAGACAUAAAUGACAUUAUGGUGGAAAACAGUCCCAUUAACAAGUUUAAUGGACUAAAUGCUCUGAUUGAGGGGGGAAAUGGCUUCAGCUGCAUCUCAACUGAAGUUACAGAUUCUGUGUACGCACCAAAUCUUCUGGAGGGUUUGAGCAACAUGCGACAAGAAAGCUUCCUCUGUGACCUCACUGUCACCACCAAAUCAACAACAUUUGAUGUCCACAAGGUUGUCAUGGCCUCUUGCAGUGAGUACAUUAGAAAUAUCUUGAAGAAGGAUUCGAGCCUUCAGAAGAUAGACCUGAAUGAUCUUUCACCAGUUGGUCUGGCAACUGCAAUUACAUAUGCCUACUCAGGAAAGCUUACCUUAUCCCUGUACAGUAUUGGCAGCACGAUUGCUGCAGCCAAGUUGCUUCAGAUCAACACCCUGGUAAAAAUGUGUAGUGAUUUCCUCAUGCAGGAACUCAGUGUAGAGAACUGCAUGUAUGUGGCCAAUAUUGCUGAUGCCUAUGACCUUAAAGAAACCAAGGAAGCAGCUCAAAAGUUCAUGCGGGAGAACUUCAUUGAGUUUUCUGAAAUGGAGCAGUUCCUGAAGCUAACAUAUGAGCAGAUCAGUGAAUUUCUCUCUGAUGAUUCCUUGCAGCUGCCCUCUGAAAUCACAGCCUUCCAGAUUGCCAUGAAAUGGUUGGAUUUUGACGAGAAAAGGCUAAAGUACGCAGCAGAUCUCCUAACUCUCAUCCGCUUUGGAACAAUCUCUGCUCAAGACCUUGUGAAUCAUGUCCAGAGUGUUCCUAGGAUGAUGCAAGACCCUGAGUGCCACCGGUUACUUGUUGAUGCCAUGAAUUACCAUCUCCUCCCGUAUCAGCAGAACAUCCUCCAGUCACGUAGAACAAAGGUACGCGGUGGCCUCAAGGUGAUUCUCACAGUUGGAGGGCGUCCUGCUUUGACAGAGAAAUCUCUCAGCAAAGAUGUGCUCUACAGAGAUGAAGAUAAAGUUUGGAAUAAGUUGACGGAAAUGCCAGCAAAGAGUUUUAAUCAGUGUGUGGCAGUACUUGAUGGCUUCCUGUACAUAGCAGGUGGUGAGGACCAGAAUGAUGCAAGGAACCAGGCAAAACAUGCUGUUAGCAACUUCUGCAGGUAUGACUCCCGCUUUAACACCUGGAUUCACUUGAACAACAUGCUCCAAAGACGCACCCACUUCAGCCUCAACACCUUCAAUGGCCUCCUGUUUGCUAUUGGCGGUCGAAAUGCUGACGGUGUCCAGGCCUCUAUGGAGUGCUAUGUACCCUCCUCUAAUCAGUGGCAGAUGAAAGCUGCCAUGGAGGUGCCGCGCUGCUGUCAUGCCAGCUCUGUUAUUGAUGGUAAAAUCCUAGUAUCAGGAGGCUAUAUCAACAAUGCCUACUCCAGGGCUGUGUGCGCCUAUGACCCCUCCACCGACACCUGGCAGGACAAAAACAGUCUGAGCACUCCCAGAGGGUGGCACUGUGCUGCUUCUAUUGGAGAUCGAGCCUACGUUAUUGGCGGCAGCCAGCUUGGAGGGCGAGGAGAGAGAGUUGACGUCCUCGUUGUUGAAUCUUACAACCCACACAGCAGCCAGUGGAGCUACUGCGCACCCCUUCAUACAGGGGUUAGCACCGCUGGCAUUUCCAUUUUGAACAACAAGAUCUAUCUCCUGGGGGGCUGGAAUGAGGGCGAGAAGAAGUACAAGAAGUGCAUCCAGGUUUACAACCCUGAUCUCAAUGAAUGGACUGAAGAUGACGAGUUGCCUGAAGCUACAGUUGGCAUUUCAUGCUGUGUCGUCACUAUACCUACAAGGAAAACACGAGAAUCCAGAGCCAGUUCAGUUUCAUCUGCGCCAGUCAGUAUAUAGGGGUUUAGAGCUCAACAAUGAUAUAGUUCAGCAGAUCAGAUCUCCAUUUUGUCUGUUGCAUUCUUGGUACCAAAUGGACAUCAUGUUUCUUUAUUUAACUAAAGAUGAGCAAAAUUGCAAGAUUUGCCACGUUUAGAAACUAUUUUAUUACUGCUACACAUUGCUUUUUUGAUGCAAAAAAAUAUUUCAAAAUUAUACAAAACAUAGUAUUACAUAACAAAUUUUUAAAGGGGCCAAUUCAACUGGAAUAUUUUUACUUCAGCCGUUACAGUUAAACUAAGGCAAAUUUACUCUAAAAACAUGAUACGUUGAAAGAAACAUAAGAACAAUGUUGAUCAAGGUUAUAAUGCAAUUUGCUACUAUGAUCUUCUCAUACUGUACUUGAAUAGAAUAAGAAGAUGCAGAUGGAAUGAGUGUGAUGACACCUACCAGGAGUAGGUGCCUGUGAUCAGUGCUUCAGCGUAUUCAGUUACUCCACAGCACCUCAGUUGCAGCAUACAGUACACCUAUGCUGUAUGCAUUUUAUGUUUUAAUCACUGCUGGCAUAAUUCAAACAGGUUCUGUGCUGAAAGUAGGUGACUGGGUUCAUGAAUGGGUUCCGAUGGGAAUUAUUUCUUUUAAAAAAUACAAAGAAAAAUCCAAGACAGCAACAAAGUUCAGAGCCUGAGCUUGUCCUGAAGGUCAUAAAUUUUCUGACUGCUCAUGUCUUUGUGUUUUAUGUUUGUUUUUAAAUUAAAGUGACAACUUGUUA